AUGAACGUCGCUGGAACGGUUCUCCUGCACGCCCUCCUCUUCCACCUGCUCCGGGUCUCACCGGUCUGUCCGUCCGUGCAGAACGGACACCCUGCACGCUUUUUCGGACAAAUAGCCGAGAACUCGGCGGCCGGUUCUCCGGUGGAUGGCGUUGUGCUGCCGCUUGGAGCCGGUGUGUGUCCCGGUGUAGACCUGAACGCUACCCUGAAGGGGGAUUACUCGUCGGAUUUUAGGCUCGUUCGCUAUCUGGGGCCGCGCGGACACCUGAGUCUGGUCUCCGCCAAAGUUUUGGACCGGGAGUUUAUAGCGAUGUACGAACUGACGGUGGAGUUGCCGCCGCCGUGUCCGUGGAGACCGUGGGACAUUCAGGUCGAAGUGUUGGACAUGAACGACAAUAAUCCCCGCUUCACCGGCGGGAACCAGACGGUGGAGGUGAACGAUCUGACGCCGCUCGGUGCUGAGGUGGCCCGCUUUGACGCAAACGAUGGAGACGCUGAUUGGAACGGGCGCAUCACUUUUUAUGCGUCACCCAAAUCUCACCUUGUCCACGUGGUGCCUCAGACCGGGCAGGUGCGGCUGGUCGGGUCUCUGCUCGGGGUCAGACAGCUGAUGGUGCGCCUUUACGCCAGGGACCACGGAGAUGUGGCGCUGAUCAGUGAGCCGGUGUUCCUGCACGUGCGCGUCCGCCGGUCUGGGAGAUCGAGGCGGACGCCCCGGGCUCUGUCCCACGACCUCGUCUACACAGUGACGGUGCCGGAACACGUCGGAGAGGGAGACCUGCUGUUCACUGUGCCCGACCAGAGGUUCGUGCAGCGGUGGUUCGAGGUGAUAUCCGAGGACUCUCCGGUCCACGUGGAGCGGGACUCAGGGCGUCUGUACCUGACGCGCAGCCUGCGGGAGCCCGCGGAGGUGUUGGUCUGGAUCCACAACCUGCGAGGUGACGGGCGUUACCUGUGCAGGUUGACCCUGAGCAUGCUCAGUCAGGCCGACCUGCAGUGGGCGAUGUUUCCCUCACCCUACCUGGGCACUGUGGGUCCUGAUGCCGCGCCCGGUUCUGUGGUGUACCGUCUGUUGGUACAAAAUCAAGAUGGAACAUUUGGACAUGCCCAGUUUAUCUUACUGGAUGGUGGGGAGCAGUGCUUUGAGGUGGACCGUCGCUCCGGUGAGAUCAGGACCACAGGUCGACCGCUGACCCCCAGCAAGGAGUACCUGUUGCGUGUGCAGGCGGUGGACGGUCAAGAUCGUAAAGGUCUCCCAGCCACAGUGGCCAUCCUGGCCGGCUACCGCCCCCCACAGUUCACCAACUCCACCUACAGCCUGAGCGUGCCAGAGAACACGCCUGCUGCACAGCCUGUUGCAGCAGUUCAGGCCAUCUCCUUCCAGAAGAAGAGGCUUUCUUACAUGCUGCUCGUGAAUCCUGGGAAUCUGUUCAGCAUCAACCAGGAGACUGGAGCACUCAGCCUCACCAGGACCGUGGACUACGAGAGCGGACACCACCUCCACAACCUGCAGGUCCGAGCGUCCGAACCCGAGAACGGCCUCAACAAUGUGGUCGAGGUAACUGUGUACAUAACAGAUGAGAAUGACUGUACUCCAGAGUUCCUGCAUUCAAUGUACACCAGAGACAACGUCCCUGAGAGCACAGCGCUGGGAACCUCGCUGCUGCAGGUUUUUGCCCGGGACUGUGACUCCGGCGUAAACUCUGAGCUGUCCUACUUCGUGCACAGUGAAGACUUUGACAUCACCUCAGGGGGUGUGGUCAGCCCCGCCCGCCGCCUGGACUACGAGAGGCCCAAUCAUGUCUACGAGUUUGUGGUUGUUGCCGUGGAUGCGGGAACACCUGCUCGCACAGGCACCGCCUCCAUCCGCAUCCGUGUCGCCAAUAGCAACGACGAGGCGCCCGUCUUCUCUCAAAACAUUUAUAAAACCUUCCUCAGUGAGGACGCUGGUCCCGACACACUGGUUGCCAUUGUUCAUGCCAAUGAUCCAGACGGAGAUGGCGUCUCCUAUGCCAUCACUGGUGGAAAUGAAGACAGCAGUUUCCUGUUGGACAACCAGAAGGGCAUCAUCAAACUGCGUCGAAGUCCUCCACCCAGACUGAGGGGACUACAGUACGUCCUCAACAUCACCGCCACAGAUGACAAUGCCUCCGGUGGGCCGUACCCGCUCAGCAGCUCCGUCCAGGUCAUUGUGGGAAUCAACGAUAUCAACAACAACAAACCAGUUUUCCAAGAUUGUCAGAACUACAGUCUGAAUGCUGCUGUUCUGGAAAAUCAGCCCCCAGGAACAUUCGUUCUUCAUGUGCACGCCCACGAUGCUGACAUGGGUGUUAACGGUGAGGUCAUAUACGGCAUCAUGCACAGAGACGGUGUGUCGUCUGGCUUCAACAUCAACCCCGACACGGGUGUGAUCACGACAGCACUGAGUUUUGACCGAGAGCAUCAGAGGGAGUUCACGCUGUCAGUGACGGCCACAGAUCAGGCUGAGGAGCCGCUGAUCGGAAUCUGUCAGAUCACUGUGCUCAUCACCGACCAGAAUGACAACGACCCCAAGUUUGAGAACAGCCGCUACCAGUACUUCCUACGAGAGGAUACUCCAGUGGGAACGAGCUUCCUGCGGGCAGCGGCUCGCGAUGCCGACCAGGGGAGCAAUGCAGCCAUCACUUACACUCUGUCCAAUCAGAAGCCAGCAUACCUCCACAUCAACCCCAGUACAGGCUGGAUUUAUGUCAAUCACCCCAUCUCACAGACAUCUCAGAUUAACCAGCAGAUUGUGGCUUCGGAUGGAGGAGACCGCAGCAGCUCUGUGGAUCUGACCGUGAUCAUCACCAACGUCCACAACCAGCCACCACAGUGGGAGCAGUCCGAGUACUGGGUGACUGUGCCAGAAAACACCACCCGAGAUGCAAAGAUAGUGACCAUCAAGGCGACGUCGUCACUUGGUGACCCACGUGUGACCUACAACCUAGAGGAGGGUCUGGUGCCAGAAACCAACAUGCCUGUUCGGUUCUACGUUAAGCCCAACCGGGCAGACGGCUCGGCGUCCAUCCUGGUGGCUGAGAACCUGGACUAUGAGACCACUCGCUUCUUCACGCUCAGGGUGCGGGUGCAGAACGUCGCCGCUGUGCCGCUUGCCUCCUUCACGACUGUCUACGUCAAUGUGACAGAUGUGAACGAUAACGUUCCGUUCUUCCUGUCGUCCACCUAUGAAGCCACAGUUCCUGAAGGAGCCGUGAUAGGCACAUCGGUGGCUCAGGUUUCAGCCACCGAUCUGGAUUCUGGUCUGCACGGACAGAUCCACUACGUGAUCCUGAAGGAUGAGAGCGGUGACUCGCAGUUCUUCAGCAUCGACUCCAACAGCGGCGUCAUCGUCACUCAAGCCUCUUUCGACCGCGAGCAGAAAGCGUCCUACCUGAUUGAGGUCCAGUCUCAGGACGGCUCCAAGUCAGCUCGGCCGGGUCAACAGGACCAACCCAACACUGACACGGCCUACAUCAGGAUCUUCAUCACUGACGUGAACGACAACGCUCCAGCGUUCGACCAGGUGGUCUAUGAGGUGAGCGUGGAGGAAGACAAGGAGGUCGGGUUCAUCAUCAUCACCGUCACGGCUAACGAUGAAGAUGAAGGUGCUCAUGCGAAGCUACGCUACCAGAUCACCGCAGGAAACACCAUGGGCACGUUCGACGUGGAGCCGGAGGUGGGCACCAUCUUUGUGGCUCAGCCACUGGACUAUGAGAUGGAGCAGCGCUACAGGCUGCGGCUGGUCGCGUCAGACGGGAAGUGGGAAAAUGAGACUCUGGUACUGGUUCAGGUGGUUAACCAUAACGAUGAGGCGCCUGUGUUCAGUCAAAGCGAGUACCACGCCACCGUGAUGGAGGAGCUCACCCAGCUGCCCGUCUUCAUCUUGGAGGUUUCUGCAACAGAUCCAGACCAAGAAGCAGACCAGACUGCCGUCCGUUACUCCCUCCACGGCCAGGGCGCUGGUGGGGAAUUCACCAUCGAUGAACAUACUGGAAGGAUCUAUGCCCAGCAGCGCCUUGAUCGGGAAGAGAAACCAGCCUGGAGAUUUCUUGUGCUUGCAACAGACGAGGGAGGGGCGGGACUGGCAGGAUUUGCUGACGUACUAUUGGAGGUCCGUGACAUCAAUGAUAAUUUGCCAUUCUUUCCAUGCCCAGCGUUGGACGUAGACAGCUGUUUCAUCGGACACGUUCCUGAGAACUCACCUGCUGACACCUCAGUUAUGGAGAUGCGUGCCAUGGACUUGGAUGACCCCAACGAGGGUAAGAAUGCUGUGCUGACCUACAGCAUUAUCCAAAACAUCCGUAAUGAAAUCAACCUCAACCUGUUCUCCAUCAAUGCCACCACGGGGACCAUCUACACAGUUCUACGUUCUCUGGACCGGGAGGCAGAGGAACAGUAUCUGGUAGUGGUUGAGGCCAGGGAUGGUGGAGGGUUAGCGGGGACAGGGACAGCUACCAUCAUUGUCUCAGACAUCAAUGACCACCCACCUAUCUUCACUCAGAAGGUCUACACUGCUCAGGUGGCAGAGGACUUGGAGGUGAACAGUGAGGUUCUCGCUGUUUCAGCAACGGAUGGAGACGGCAGUGAAUAUGCCAUGGUUACCUUCAGCAUCAUCGGAGGCGAUAAAGAUAGAAAGUUCUUUGUGGAAACGGACAAGCUGAACCAGCGUGGUGUAAUAAAGCUAAAGAAGAAGCUGGAUUUUGAGAAGCCCCUUGAGAGGACUUUUAAUCUGACUCUGAAGGCUGAGGAUGCAGAUUUCUUCAGCUUGGCCUACUGCCUGGUUCAGGUGGAAGACACCAAUGACCACGCCCCCGUCUUCUUCCCGCAGUUUUAUGAAGCACCAGCGAUGUCUGAAGAUGUUCCGGUGGGAACAAUUGUUGCUCAGGUUACAGCUUCUGAUCUAGACUCAGGACUUAAUGGACACUUUACGUACAGUAUUUCCAAAGAGUCCGACCCCUACAGUCAGUUCUUGGUGGACCAGUCCGGCUGGGUGGUGGUGGCCAAUUCUUUAGACAGGGAGAAGCUCUCACAGCACAGGAUCAUGGUCCUUGCCACAGACAGCGGCAGUCCGCCUCUCGCCGGCACAGCAAUCGUUAUGGUAACUGUACUUGACGUUAACGACAACGGACCGGAGUUUGAGGUCCUCUAUAAACCCAUUGUUUGGGAGAACGCUGCCGCACCACAGCCAGUACAAAUGAACAAAACCUCUCUCCUCCUCCAUGCCACCGAUCGUGAUACCGCUGCCAAUGGCGGUCCAUUCUCCAUCCGACUCCUCAUGCUCACCUCAGAUGCCACCAAUUUUAAUUUGACGGACUUGCGGAAUGGGAGCGCAGCCAUUACUGCCCUCCGGACCUUCGACCGUGAGCGGCAGAAGGAGUACCGUCUUCUAGUUCUCAUGGUUGACAGCGGUUCUCCUCCAAUGAGCUCCACAAGCACUCUGACAGUCAUCAUUGGUGACAAGAAUGAUCAUCCUCACUCGCCGGGACACAUCAGCUUCAUGGUCUACCAUCACGAGGGUGUCCUCCCAACGAUGGUGCUCGGGCAAGUUCCGGCCCCGGACCUUGAUGACUGGAGUGAGAAGGAGUUUCAUUUUGAAGGCAAACACUCCAGGUGGUUCAGUCUGAACCAGAACUCGGGUCAGCUCACGAUCAGGGAGGGAACUCCUCCUGGCCCGUACCUCAUGCAGGUGCUCGUAUCGGAUCACACCUGGCCAGACGUCACCUCUACUGCUCGGGUGGACGUGAUGGAGCUCCGGCAGGAUGCCCUGCAGAACUCCGCCUCCCUGCAAUUGUCCAACGUGACAGCAGAGGAGUUCUUCAGCAGCAGGAAAUCCGAGAAGAGUCAUUUCUCUCGUCUGGCACAAAUCUUGGCUGAACUCCUUCAAACCUUGCCGGAAAAUGUCCAGAUUUUCUCUGUGGGGGACACGGGCCGACAGCAACGUGGCGAGCUUAGCGUUUGGUUUGCUGCACAUGGCUCACCGUACUACAAAACCGAGAAGCUGCAUGGCUACGUAUCUGCAAACAGGGCCAAGCUGGAGUCCAUGCUGGGUGUGUCUAUUUCUCAGGUGGGUGUGGACGAGUGUCCCUUCGUGGACUGCAGUCACUCUGGAGGCUGCAACACUGACGUUUCUUUCAGCCAGAUGCCCGUCGCUCUGAGCUCCGGCAACAUUGCGCUGGUGUCGUUGUCGGCCACAUCCACAGCAAAAUGCGGCUGUCGGGGCAGGGAGGCGGCCCACCUACCCUGCUCCGCCCACCACGCCAACCCCUGCCACAACAGUGGCACCUGUGUGGACGGACCGCUGGGAUACCGGUGUAAGUGUCCGCCCAUGUUUGACGGCCCCGACUGCCAGCAGACCAAACACAGCUUUAGUGGGCAGGGCUACGCUUGGUUCCCUCCCAUCAUGCUUUGCUUCCAAAGCCACAUCUCACUGGAAUUCCUGACCGAGUCACCCAGCGGGCUGCUGCUGUACAACGGACCGCUCGGCCCCGCCCACCCCGGAGAGCAGGAGGACUUCAUUGCCGUAGAAGUGAGAAACAGUGUUCCGGCUCUGAGCAUAAACCAUGGAUCGGGAACACUGACCCUGCAGCUCCCUGCCGAAGCCACCGUCACCGACCACCACUGGCAUCGCCUUGACAUCGUCAGUGACGGAAAGACGGUGCAGCUGAUCCUGGACCAGUGUGGGGGGGCCGCGGUGAGCGAGGUCGAGGGUGCCAAUGUCAUGGAGACGGAUGAGUCGGGUUGCAGAGUUUCAGGAGAAACACCCGGAAAUCAGAGGUAUCUGAAUGUGUUCCAGCCUCUCCAGUUGGGAGGAGUGAAGGAAACCUCUCCUCACCGGCGUUACCAGAGUUUCACCGGCUGCCUCCGUAACCUGGUGGUGGACAGUCAGGUGUACGACCUGGCGUCUCCGGGAGAGAGCGCAGGGAGCACUCCGGGGUGCACGCUGACAGACGGUGUGUGCCUGACAGCGGUGGGGCCGUCCUGCGGCCUUCACGCUUACUGCCUCGCAGACGGGGGCUCAUUCAGCUGCGAGUGUCACCCGGGAUACAGCGGACACAAAUGUGACAGAGCUGUCCCAGAGUUCUCCUUGGACCCAGGCAGUGUGGUUCGUUACCAGCUCAGAGGAAGCGGCAGUUCCCGCCAGACAAACAUCCAGAUGCUCCUCCGAACAAGAGCCACCUCAGGCACCCUGCUCUCCGUGACAUCCCGGGACUCCAGCGAGUACAUUGUGCUGGCGGUCAUGGAGGGUCACCUCUCGGUGCGCGUCAACCUGGGCGACGGAGCUCACGCCCUGCAGCUCGCAGGUCAGCGAGUGGAUGUCGGGCAGUGGGUUCUGGUCAGUCUCAGUCGCCAUGACAACCUGUUCACCCUCCGCCUGGAGCAGGGUGGGGGUUCACGGGAGACCCGGUCCCGGCUGGGGAGCCACAGAGAGUUACUGGUCCACCCGGCCAACGUGAUGAUUGGCGACGGACCCACCGCCGCUGGGAGCUCCAACUUCCACGGCUGCCUGAAGGACGUUCGUUUUAACGGUCAGUUCCUCCCACUGGACGGGCAGAGCCGGGACCUGGUGUCGGUGAUGGAGAGGCGGGGCGUCACCGCGGGGUGCUCCAGCGAUGCCUGCAGCAGCCAGCCGUGUCGCAGCCCGCUGCGCUGUGUCGACCUGUGGAGGAAACACCAGUGCAGGUGCGCCAGCGAUCAAGUGACAGUGUCAGACGACUCAGGUCAGCAGCGCUGCGUGCCAUCGCCCUGCGGACCGUCGACCUGUCGGAACGGCGGUGCCUGCCAGGCGCUGUCACCUGACAGCUACCGGUGCCGCUGUUUGGAGGGGUUCAGGGGUCAGCGCUGUGAGCUGGGGCAGGUCAAAGGUCACCGGCUGGCCACCCUGAGCCCCAGCUCUAUCCUGGCCAUCAGCAUGUGUCUUCUCGUCUUCUUGGCGGUUCUGGUGGCGGUGACAGUGUGGAACCAGAAAGGCAGCCGGAACAACUUCAGGAAGGGAGGAGUUUACCACAUCCCUGCUGAACAUGAGAGCUGGGAGGAUGUCCGUGAAAACAUCCUGAACUACAACGAGGAGGGAGGCGGCGAGCAGGACCAGAAUGGUUAUGACAUCACAGAGCUGAAGCGUCCACUGUGUUCCUCUCUGUCUCAGUCGUCCUCCUGUACCACCGCUCCGCUCAUCAAGUCCUCACCAGGCUCCCAGGAGGAGGUCCUCCCCUGCAGCUCCUCCUGCAGCUCUGUCGCCCCCUAUAUGAGCAUCCCGAGCCACCAUCACUACCACCAUCAACAUGUUGGCGCCAGCGACUCUAACUACACCAUGCAUCACACGCACAUGAGCGAGGACAUGGAGACGAGCGACGGCGUGGGCUACGUGGGCGCCACCGCAUCAGCGUUGCACUCCUACGUAGACUUUAAGAGCUAUGUGGCUCGUAUCAUCUGGGAAGCGGACAACGACAGCGAGGCGUUCCCACCUGAUGCCUUCCAUGUCUGGACGGUGGAAGGCUCCGGGUCUUCAGCAGGAAGCCUCAGUUCGCUGGGAUCGACCACGUCCUGUCAAAACGCCACUGCCAGGCUGGGUGAUGAGGCAGAGGAAGAUGAUGAAGGGCGGUGCAUUUAUGACAGACUGUCACGAUGGGGCCCAAAGUUCCAGACGCUUAGCGAGAUGUACGACCGGCCGCAGCUGGGCCUCUCAUACGGGGAAGCAGUCGCCUACAUGCAGAGGUGCCACAGCCACGACCCGCUCCCGAAUCACCACUAGGGGUCACUACAUAGCCCUCCGAACCAUCACACCCCAAGGAAAGAAGGAAG